AUGGACGGGACACCUGUUCGUCGCCUGAGCUUUACUGACAUUUUAAAUGUGUCUGUGUUCAGUGGAGCAUGCAUCUUUAUUGCGUUGCUCGCGUACAAGCGAUUUACAGAACAUCCCUUGAACAGCCGCCUCAGAAAGGCUUAUAAAGUCGAUGAAUUCAUUCAAAAGCAACUGGCAUCGAAUCUUUACCGAGAGGAUUUCGACUUACUUCCAUCUGUGAUGGGAAAAGAUGACGAUUUAUACUCAAUCGAGAAAUGUGGUAGCGUUAUGGAGGGCUAUGGCUUCUUCUCAGUGGAUGUGACAGGAAGCGAACAAGACAUCGAUGUAAUGGUUUCACCAAAGAUUAUGGGUGUUAGCGAAGACGACAUUGACGUUAGCCGUACUCCUGUUGGGUUUGUGUGGGUGCAAAUGAAAAAAAUGGUACAACGGAUAAAAAACUCGCGAUCAGAAUUAUUCCAAGUUUUGAAGAAAGCAAAUCAGCAAUUUGUAAGUGCAAGUGCAAUUUACAGUCAUUUCCUUCGAGCCACGCAAGAGAAUUUUAACGAUGGCGACUUCGACGUCAUACAGAAUGAACCGGCUAUAACAUUGAGAGCAAAAGAAAUUCAUGCACAAAGGUAUGGUUACAUGGGAGUCAUUGAUAUUGCUGUCGCCUUGAGUUUCUCUGGUUGGCCUCGGAGCGCAGUAGAAUGGCUGAAUCGAGAAAGCAGAGAUUUCCGGCUUCUAAGCACUGGAAUGAUACAAAAAAUUGCUAAAGGUGGCUGUCAUUUGGUAUACAAGCCAUCAGGUUCCUCUGAAAAUUCCCAGUUAGAUUGGAGGUUUUCAUUCUCUAAAGCUGAGAGAAUAUUGUUCCAGUAUCAUAGUGACAAACACGCUUUGAAACUGUGUUACAUCAUGUUGAGGUAUGCUUACAAGAAACAUCUGAAACCAAGACUGGGAAACAAAAAGAUUUUAGCGUCGUACUAUUUAAAGACAAUUUUCCUUUGGCUUGCCGAGACAGAUAACGGCCUUGAUUACCAUGACCUCGCCAAUCACCGCUUAGGCGCAUUGUUUGAACUUAUGGUGAACAAACUGAGGGAGGUUUACAGCAAAAAAUUCUUGUCCCAUUACUUCAUUAGUCAGUGGAAUCUGUUGCGUGACCUUUCGAAAGCAGAGCUUAAUCACGUGCAAGGCCUUCUAGAUGAUCUUUCACGAAAUAAAAAGGAGUAUAUCAGUUACAUUCAAGACAUAAGAGGGCAUAUUUUACCCUUAGCCAAGCAAUCUGGAGGAGCUUAUAAUGAGCUUCUCACAAUUAUUGACGAAUCUACUACGAGACAUACUCUUUUCCAAGCUUUUUAUAUUUCGAGUUUCGUCUUUGCAACACUCGUAUUCGUCAAGUGUGUUCUGAAUGCUCUCUCCCUAGACAUAGCACUGUGUUCAGUAUAA